GGUUCGUUACGAAGCAUUGCACGGAGGAGAGGUGGUAUUAGAAUGCUCAAUUUGGUGUUAAGUAAUUGUUGAUCGGCCAUUCACCAGUUACGAAGAAAAACAUACGCAGUCACGAGACCCAGUAUGAUUAAACCGAAAGUACGAUAAAGAACGUAGUACUGGGAAAACGAUUGUGGAUUGAUAAAUGCCAGAAGAGUUCUUUCGAUUCGUCUGCAGCAGAGCAAGCACCGCUCUAGUUUUCUCUCGUCUUUUUUCUCUGAUUUCCCGUCAGUUUGCAACACACCAUCAUGGACCUGCCACUAAUAUACACCAGUCGCCCUGACAACCAUUUGGACAAGCCCAUACAGUAACCACAUGUUGUAUGUACAUGUAUAGUGGCCAAAAAAGAAAAUACAUGUAUCUACACAACUUGUUGGAAUUGUGUCCGGUGGUCAGAUGCAGAAUAGUGUCCAUCUGUUGUGUCGAAACUUUGCUGUAAAUGUGUUGUCAUGUCGUGCCAGUGUAGCAUACCAAAACAUGCAUGUGCGACCCAUAAUGUCAUGCUUUGUACCAGAAUUGAAGCAGCCUCAUGUGCACAUUAAGAAUGUCGAUCAUGUGACCAAGACUCUGUGUCAGAUGAUCAGCCAUGGAUCCAAGAAACUACAGGUUGUGGCUGAUUUUGACAGGACUCUGUCCAAGUACUCUCACCGUGGGCAAGUGUGUGCAACAUGUCACAAUGUGCUGGAAGAAAGUCGCAUCAUGCCAGAUGUCUACAAGAAAAAGACCACAGAGCUGCGAGAUUACUACAUGCCAAUAGAGUUUGAUGCUUCACUGACAAAGGAGCAAAAAAUACCGCACAUCAUUGAAUGGUACACCCGUGCACAUGAUGUCUUACUGGCAUGUCACAUGACCAAAGAUGACAUCAUCCACAUGGUUCGGGAAUCUAAGUUACAGCUCAGAGAUGGCUGUCAGUGGUUUUUCAGCGAGCUCCACAAACUCGGGGUUCCCCUUCUCAUCUUCUCGGCUGGCAUCGGCGACGUGAUUGAGGAGGUCAUACGACAGCAGUCCAAGAUGUACCCCAACAUGCAGAUCGUGUCCAACUUCAUGGACUUCGAUUCAGAGGGUAAGCUGAUUGGAUUCAAGGGAACUCUGAUCCACAGUUUCAACAAGAACGAGGACAGCAUACAUGCGUCUGACUACUUUGAGAAGCUUAAAAACCAUGAGAAUCUCCUUCUGAUCGGAGACCAUGUUGGAGAUGUGCUGAUGGCCGAUGGUGCGGAAAUCACCUCCAGUCUGAAGAUUGGCUUUCUGAAUCACAAUGUUGAGAAAAACCUGGAGAGUUACAAAGAAAGCUUUGAUAUUGUGAUACAGGAGGAUGAAACGAUGGACAUUGUCAAUGCAAUUAUUCGCAAGAUCUCUGAAGUUUGAUGCAUACACCAUCCAUAGCUGGUUAUCCCCUCAGAGUUAUUCCCCCUUUGUUUGACUCUGGUCUCAUACCACAUUUUGGACAUGUUGUGUGUUGUUAAUAAGUGAACUUUUGUGUUUCAUUGUUGAAAAGUUACAUAUUUCUUUGAGAAUUUUUAUCACAUCUGUGUAUUGUAAUUUCUUGAGCUUUAGCCAUUAUUCAGCUACUUGUCAUAUGGAAGCAAUCAUAAGAAAAUAAGGAAUGAAACAGUCUGUUGUUUAAUUGUAAAAUAUUUAAAAGAAUAUGUAUUUCUUGUCAAGGAUAUUCAGUACUUGUAUCUGAUGUGAGACAACUCUUUGGAUACUGUUUACUAAGCGUGAUAAGUUAUGUCCCUUGCAUAAACAUAAGCUUCAGCAAGAAAACUGGAAAGACAUGUCUGCAGUUCAUUUGGGAAAGAUAUAAAUGAAACAAAAGAAAAAAAUAUUUUUGUAAAGUAAAAUCAAUAUGUGAUAUGAGACCUUUGGAGAGAACUCUUUUGAUACUGUUUACCAAGUGUGAUAAGUUAUGUCCCUUGCAUUAAAUGCAGAUGUAGCCUUUCUGCCCUUGUUUGAUAUAUGCAGAAACCAGAUAUUAUAUUUUGAUACAAUUGUUUUUGACCAUUUAUUGUAUUUUUAGGUGUACAUCAAUUUGUAACAGAUGGGUAUUUUUAUUUUAUUUUUAUUUAUUUAUUUGUUUUACAUUCUGAAGGAAUGUAUUGCAGGUAUCUAUGGUACUUUUACUGUUUUUGUUAAAAUCAGACAAAUCAAAGGCAACCAACAAACAUUUGCUUUUUAUAAUUUAAAAAAGUUUAUAUGAAUUUAUUGUUCAGUAUUUAAUUUAGUUACAUUACUCUUCUUUGAUGUAAAUUAUUUCACUGUCAUUUGAUUAAUAAAUUAUAUUAAUCAUUACCACCCAAAUUCUUUGAUAAUUGUUAUAUAGGAAAACAUAAGGAGAUAUAGGAAAACAUAAAGAGAUAAACAGGUUUAUCUUCAUUUUAUUUGGUCAAAGGUGCAUUAUUUUGUAUUGUGAAAGAUUUAAUAAUUUUGAAAGUAACUUUUAGGAGCCUGAGUGCAUGUAUGUUCUCAUAAGUUUAAUCAUUGUACCUUGGAAACAUUGGUUGUCUUGAAAAUGGAUGAUGUUAAAUGUAAGAAAUUAUGUUGUAAAUCAGUCAUCAUUUGAGACUGUUCAGUCAUCUGUGCAGGAAUUUUAGCCAGAGGGUCUAGACUAUGGCGAGCAGAUUUUAUAGGGGGUUUGAGACAUUCUUCCCUGGAAAAUGUAUUUGAAAAAAACACCCACCAUUUGUGCAGGGAGAGAUUUCGACCUUCAAAAUCCCCAUUCACACAUGCCUGAAGUUAAUUAUGAUAAUGGUAUGAUGUUUUGCCAAAUUAUAAGAAUGUGGUUUUCCACUCUUCAACUUUUUGAGGAGUACAAGUUUUCACUAGGUUGGUGGUUUUAAAAAGCAAAUGUUUGAUAGUGCACAAUCAAGAAACUCUUUGUGACUGUUGCAUCAAAAGUAAUGUAAAGAACAAAGUUUGAGAAUCCCAGCAGGAAUACAAAUUUUUGGGGGUCCUUACAAUUUUCCCUUCAUCAUUCUGGAACCAAAAUAAGAAUUUUCUAUUUACAGGUUUUUUCUCUAGUGUGGUAGUUUACAGUUUAUAUUAACUAUACCAUAUAUGUACAUGUAUGUCUAACAUACGAACUCAAUCUCUCGGUAGCCAAAAUAGUCUGUUAAUCUCUUUUUAUCAAAUUGGCUAAAACAUAUAUAUGACUGAUAAACUUGUAUCUAGUUAAGUCUCCAUAAAAUUUUAUCAAACGUUUCUAAACAUGGACUCUAGCAGAUGUUAACCCUGCUUACAAUAACCAUGGUUACUAGAAUUAUCUAUUUAUUUCAGUUUUGUGUUGAGUUCAUAUUUAUGAUUGUUAAUGUUGUUAUCAUACAUUUGUAACCACCGGUUUUUUUAUGCCCUAUUUGUCAUGUGUGCUUCACAUUUUUGAAAGAUUUUUAGAACUUGUUUUAGUUUUGUCUAUUUUUUAGAUUUUUAACCCAUUUUUAUUGCAAUUGCUUUUUAGAUUCAGAGUUAUUGAUAUUUCUUUUUUAUGGAACUUGGUGCAUAAGUGCAUGUAAAUCGAUAUGCUUUUGUGAGAAAAAUAAUUUUGAUCUGUUCAUUGUUUAAAAUGAAUAUAUUAUUAAUUUGCUGUGGGCUUAGGUAUACAUACAUAUUUUGGUAUCUGUUUGUGUGUGUGCAUCGUUAGAUAUUAAAUUCUAAACAGGUUAAAGGUUAAUUUUAUAAAUCAAAUAUUUACUGUAAGCUUUUUUGUUUAAAUCUAUUUUAAUAUAUACUUUGUAUUCCCAGUAAUAAUGAGUAAAAAGUAUACUUUGCUUUCACAUAAGAACUGCAAAACAUCUUACAAAAUACCAGUUAAUACAAUUAAAUGUAUUUAUUUUCAGGCAAUAUAUUUUGGUGGGUGGGGUGGGG